UUGAACUAUAAAUAAGGACUGAGGCGUUAUUAUUAAGUGUGCUGUUAACAUUUGAAUAAUUGGUUUAUUGGUCUAUUAUUAAUUAGCUUUAAAAAUGAGUAAAACUGUAGUUUAUGAUACAUUAACCAUACCUGAUCCAUCAUUUAAAGAUGAACGAGUCAAAAUGUUCGGUUUGUGGUUUGGCAUGAGUAAUAUCUGUUUAUUUCCUACGAUAACUUCAGAGUCAAAUAAAGCUACUGGCGAUAGUCAAAAUGACUGGAAUAUAAUACAUUUAAGACAUAAAACAAUGCUUUUUGAUCCUAAAGUAAGGCAGUUGGUGAAUGAAUCAAGUGGUGUGUUCCAAGAAUUGCAAAUAAAUGUAGAUGAUCCAAAUAAGUCUACUGAUGCUCUGUAUUACAGCAGAAAAUACAGAGCUAUUUUGUCAACUUGUAUUUUGGCUGUUGAGCGAAGUAAUUCAGAUCAGUCAAAUGAAACGUAUAAUCAGUAUAAAUUACUGCUACACAAUUUAGAACUUAUUUGGCAUCUAUGUGAAGUCUUAUACUUAGUUACUGUUCCAGGAGAUACAAUCUUAAAUAACUUAUUAGACUGGAUAAAAAUUCAUUAUGAAAAAGCUGAGAAUCAAGCAAUAAGUAUAAUAGAGGACAAAACAGCUUAUUAUACUGAUGAACGUGUUGAAGAGAAGUUUCCAUUCUAUUGGGAUGCAGUGAUUGGAUUAAUAUUACAAGGAAAUGUUGAUUUAGUUAGAAUGCUAUUAAGUAAUCAUUCUCAAAGUAACACUGAACCUUACAUUCAAGCAAUGAAAAUCCUCAAAUCUAUGCCUACGUAUAGUGUAUAUGGUGGCUUACCAAUUGCAGAAUACACAUCAAGAUUUAAGGGCUGGCAACUAAGUGCCAAAAAUAAGUUAGAUUGUGGAAUAUUUUUAUCUGAUUCCAACCUCAAUAAUAUUAUGAAAAUUGUUUGUGGAGAUCCAGAUUGCACCAAUGUGAUUCGUAAGCAUUGCUCAACAUGGUUUGAAUUUUUAGUUGCUCAACUUAUAUACACAGAACCAACUGUUAAAAAACAUAACUUGAGUUUAUAUGCUCAUCGUAGUGCUUCAAAAUAUUAUGAGCAACCAGAAUAUAAUCAUUUGGAUUCACUUGCCUUAGACUUAUUUGAUGGGGAUCUAGAAGCGUUUGUGAAAAAACUUAAAGCUUAUCCUGAUUCAGGCUGGUCAUCGACUCAUUUAACUAAUUUAUUACAUUUAUGUGAUAAAAUUGAACCAGAAUUUGAUGUUACUGAACCAAAAGGUGGCAUUACUCCUAACGAACAAUAUCUUCUUGAUUAUGGAACAUUUUUAAUGUCGCACCAUUCAUUAUGGCAAGCUGGAAUCACCUAUUUAGACAAUUGUUCUACCUUAGGCAAAGAAUACCUCACUAUUUUAUUAUCAAAACUGUCUGUAACUUCAGAAUUAAGGGUCACAAAAAUUUUUCAUUAUGCAAUUUCCAGACGACUACACAAUGUUGUUUCUAGUGUGUGCAAAGUAAAGGGGAUGUUAAGCCUCCAGAAAUCUAGAGUAGGUGAAGCAUUGAGUUGGGCAAUUAGAGGACAAGAUAGUGCGUUUGCCACUCAUAUCGGUGAUUUAUUUUUAAACGAAUUCGCAAAAAGUGGACAAUUUAGUUGUCCAGAUAUUCUAGAAAACCUUGGAUCCAUUGUACUCACAUGUGAUCGUUUUAUGUUUCUUGGUAAAUACUUGCAAUUCAUUAAAUUUAUCAAAAACAAUUCAUUGAACGAGGCUGCAACUCUAUAUAUUGAACUUCUAAAGUCAAACAUCUGUCCAAAAUAUUUUAGGCUUAGGUUGCUACUCGAUGUUCUUCUGUUUAUUGAAGACAACAAUGAAUGCUACUUUGAUACAUUAAAUAUGGCUCUGAUUACCAUGCGUUUGGAUGAUGCUGUUAUAGAAGCUGAAGAAGAUAACGUGUCAACUGAUCAGUUCUUAGUUGAUCAAAUACCCAAUAUACGAAGUGCCAUUGUCCAACUAGUAUCAAUAAGUUUAAGAAGAUAAAAACCAAAAAACCAUUUCAAAACACAAGUAUUUUUGGUAUAUAAUAUUUUUGUUAUUAUACUCAACAAUUUGUAUCAGCAAGAUAAAAUAUUUUAUUAAAACAUAAUAAAACUGAUUAUAUAUUUGAUACACUUUUAAAACACCUUUUAAAUUAUUAUAACU